AUGGAGUUGCAACCGAGAGUGAGCUCAAUCAUUGCCACAAGGCUAUGGAAGAUUGUGAAAAUCGCUUUUGUAAUGAUCAGGAAAGGGCUGAUGUCCAAGAGAAAUUUCGUCAAUGACACGGUCGGCAGGGCGAGGGACGGGAAGCUCAUGAGAGAACCACUGAGGAGUCUAAGCUUCAAUUACUAUAACCGAUCCAAGAAAAUGCGCCCGAGCAGGCUCAACGGGUACGAGUACGAGUUCUCCUGCAGCAACAGCCCGAACCCAAUCAUCAUCCACUCGGCCAAGAACAAGAGCCAACGUUUCCCCUGCAUGAGGCUCCCUAAAGUCAUCGAAGACUUCGUCGAUGACGAGCCCGUGUACCCUGAGGCUCUUGUUUUCGUUGCGAAGACUCCCGAGUACACGCUCAACAUCCAGAUCGAGGGACGCAGCCCACUCAAAUCACCCUACUCGGUGAGGGUCUCUAAUUUCUCAUCAGAUGAUGAGGGCGAUGGGAAAUAUGGUCCAGUGGACCACAAGGCUGAGGAAUUCAUCAGCAGGUUUUAUGACCAACUGUGGAAGCAAAUGGCGAACUAA